AUGGCCUUCACAAUGCGCGACUUCAGAUCACUCGGUCCGCCAGUCCCCAGUCGACGUUGCUCCAGUGGAAACGCCGGCGGCAACUGUGACACAGACGAGGACGCCUGUCCACCGGAGCCCCUGUUGCCCUACCGCAAUUCCACAACGCCGCAAAACCUCACCGCUCGUCUGAAGAAAUCGGAAACUCUGCCUUCUGAGGGUUGGCAGACGGUUCAGUGGUUGAGGCGGAAACCCAGCGGGUGCAGUCUCCGACCCAGUGAGGUGUCGACCUUGGUGCAGAAGGACCCUCGCGGGUGCGAUCGCGAGGUGAACCGCCAAGCACAACAACCCUCCCCGCCGUCAGGGCCACUUGAACCACCCAAACCUAUGGCCCGCUUGGCAUACCUGAAGAUAGAGGACCCCAAGCUGGUGGCGGGCUUGAAUUACACCAGCCUGCCACCGCCACUGCCCCCGAAGAGAACCUCAUCUCGGCCGGCGGAAUACCACUGUCUCACUGAGGACUCCCCUCCUUUGCGGGUCGUCCAGAGGCCAGCGGCCCACGAGCUGGACGGUUGUGUGAUGCGAGACCCGCGACAGCGCGGCAGCAGCUCGACUACGUCAAACACCCCCGUGAACGAGUCUGACUGCAGUUCCGACUCCUCCUCAUCUAACGACACUGAUCUAUCCGCUGCCCUACAGAAGAUCAGUCUUCGCUUAAACCAACUGCAGGUGGAGAAGAGUCCGGUCUUGGGUCACUACUCGGCCCUCUAUCGAUUAGAUGAGACCGCCUGGCGAAAUCAGAAUUCCUCCACCGCCGCCGCUGCCAAUCCCCAGUCUUGGACCAGUGCCUCCCCUCACGGGACACCGCCGUACCUGCCGCGUCUACAUACCGUAAACUCUCGUCCUCGUCGUUGCGCUUACAUGAAUCUGAGCGGAUGA